UGAAUGUAAUAAUGUUUACCUAAAUCUAAAUAUUCAUUAGUUUGGAGAAACCUACUCACAGUAAAACUUGUGCAGGUCAGUUGAGGUCAAACGUUUUUGUCAAUGGGACUUUUAUUUUGAAAAGAAACACCAUGACGGUUACUGGGGUCAGCUUGACACUCCUGUCUCUUAUACUGGGAGAGAAGUUUAGUUGGCCGCACCGUUCAGAGCAUGUGAUGGUGAGGUGUUGACUGAUCACCGGGAGACGGGGACGCGGGACUGUUGUAUUGGACAUGUCGGCCAGGUGGGACCGAGACACCGGCAGCCGCCGGUACGGGAGAAAGAUCUCUACAGACGGCCAACAGCACCGGGAGGUGGCGGAGAAAUCAAACCGACACAGCAGAAUUGUGCGUGGUUUCUCCAGAGAUGUUGCAAGUCUACAGAGAACUGUGUCAAUAUGUGAGGAAAACUUCCCAACAGCUCUGCCGGUGCUGCUGGAUGUGGUCAGGGGUCCUGACCGUCUUCCUGCAGACGAGGAGUCGCAGGAAAUGCUGAGAGGAAAACUGCGCAUUCUGCAAGUUGACAGCACCGAGGUCAACGCUCUGUUCAUGGAACUGUCUACUCAUCUGAUCUCCAUCAACAGUGAAGAAAAUGUUAUUUUUGUGACAUUCAAAACAUUUGAGGAAAUAUGGAAGUUCACCACAUAUUACACAUUAGGUUUUCUGGGUCGGUGUAUGGAGAACCUGUUGUUUGACCAGAAGUUUUGGCUAAGCUCUUUGGAGGAGGACAUCGCAAUUGAGGUCUCCAUUCAGGAAGACACUCUUAACCUGAUCUACAAAGGCAUCCUCAUGCAGGAAGGUUCAUUGUUUGCUAGUUGUACUACCAACCAGAUGUUUGACAGCUCCACCUCUGGAGGUGACCUGUACCUGGAGCAAGGAGACAUAGCCCAGUUUGAGCCUCCCUUCCUGGGCUCAGGAUGGACCGUCCUCUGCCUGGCUGAUGGAGGCCGUGGCACUGCACCCAAACCUGCUCUGGAGCCGGUCAUCCCUUUUUAUCAAUGGUUUCUAAAAUCCUGUGCAGAGAGCAUUUUAGUUGGUGAUGGGAAACCCUCCUGUGACUUCCCUCUGCAGUUUGCAAGAGGAACCUGUCUGGCCACAAUGGAGUAUGAUGCUGAGGGCCCAGAUGAGCUGAGCAUGGCAGCCGGUGAUCGCAUCAACAUUGUGGGACUUCUGGUGUCAUGUUUUGAGUGGUUCACAGGGAGGAAGGAGGCAACAGGAGAAGUGGGUCUGGUCAAGACGAGCCUGGUAAAACCGUCCGCUGACAUUUACGACUCAACAGAUAUUUUUUUGGACGGAGAGGAAGGGACAUUCUUCAGUCUGCAAGAGGACAAAGUCAUAGAGGAAACAACUGCCUUACUAAAGAAGAAAUCUCAAAAUGAUACUGGACAUAACUACAAACUGGAUAUGAUCAGUAACCAAGACUCUGAGAAAAAAACAUUAUUCAACUCUUCAAGCAAAGUGGAUACUGAACAGACUGACCUGAAGAUAAAUAUACAGAGGAUUCUUGAUCAAGGACAAGAUUCAUCGGCAGAUUCCGUAGUGACUCUAGAGGACUCCGCCCAGUCAACAGAAGCAAAAGAACUCCGCCCUCCCUGUUUCACUGUUCACCCAGUUGUAGAAGGAAACAACAACACUGAGAACUUCAUUCCCCUCUUCUCUUUUUUGGAGGAGCAAGACUACAAAAUAGAGUUUGGCAUCCUGUAUGGACUGAGUUCUGAACUCCUCAUUUCCUCCACCUUCAUCGGUCACUCGGACGAGGACGAGCUGAUUGCCUUCCUGGGUGUUGCUAGGGAAACAGCCAGGAAGAAGCAACUCUUUUGGGCGCAGACUCGUUUGUGCUUUCUGUUGGGUAAGCUCUGUGCUGGGAGGUCAAAGUUCAGCCAGGCCCGGGUUUACUUUGAGGAAGCCCUCAGUGUGCCACGAGAAGGCUUCACGGAUCUCAGGUUGCUAGCCAACAUCUACUCCAAACUGGUUGCCAUAUACCUUUUGCAGAAAAAUACUGAAAGUUUCUUUGCUAUGACAGAGCGACUUGUUGCCCUGCUAUUGGGAAUCCCAGACUGCCUGGAUUGCUUAGAGGACAACACUGCUCUUAAGUACAUCCUCAAGAAAGCUGUUCUUUCUCACAACAAAAUGGCAGAAGUCCGGGCUUGUCAUCUUUUGGCGAAGCACCACUGGACUCGUGAUGAGGGUGUGCGAGUUAUUCCUUACCUUGAGAGACUACUUGUUCUUUGUGCUGAAGUUCAAAGACCUUGGGGCAUCUCUCCAAGUCAUGAAUACCUCACCCUGGGAAGGCUCUACAGUGAACUCCGACUUCCUCACCUCAGUAUUAGUUCAGCCAGGAGAGCUUCUCUGCAGCCCUCUACUACACUGACAGACUGCCUUAGCAGCAUGGUUCUAGGUUUGGACAAUGUCAACAGACUGUAUGGGAUCACAGAACAGGAAGCUACCAUUCCACCUCAAGUGGCUCCAUAUUUACGCCAAGCCCUCUCUUCUAUCAAAAUCCAAGGAGUAGGAAGUGAUGAACACCAUGUUUUGGGCCAUCGUCUUACUGUUUGUCUCAGCCAACUCUUUUGCAAGCACAGAAUGGUUGGACACUCUAUCUGCCAUAUGCAUAUUCUCAUCAACAACAAUCCACCCUCACAGCGAUUCCCCAUGUCGGUCCCAGAAAGAAACAGUGCCCUCAUCUGGCUGGCAUGGCUUCACAUUGACAAUAAUCAGCCAGAUGUUGCUCUGGAUAUCCUGGACUCUGUUCUAGCUUCCAUGCCAGAACACUGCACUACCCCUCAGGAAGGUGUGGUCCUCAACAUGCGUGGGGUGGCACUUCGAUGCAUUGGUGACCUCCGGAGGGCGACAGAGAGCUACCAAGCUGCCGUUGACAUCUGCCAAGAGUAUGAGGACAUGCCAAACUGGGCUGUAGCUCAGGCUAACUUAGGGCUGUUAUGUCUGAAGGCUGGAGCUAAAGGACUAGCGCAUAGACACCUGACUGAGGCUGUGCAGCUCUUCUCUGAGCUGGAUGAAGAAGGUCAUGAAGCUAAUUUCAUCACAGUGCUGCUGGAGCUGGGACAGCACUAUGUGAAGCAGCACCAGAUGGACUUUGGUAAAGGAUGCUAUGAAUGGGCUCUGCUUCUUGCUAUCAAUGCCAACCUAAUAGACAGUCAGCUCACUGCAACCAAACACCUGUGCCAUCUGUAUGGGUUUGAGAGUCCAGACCAGGCCCAGUGUAUUAUCUACAGCCAGCACCAGGUGCAGCUCCUGAAUCACUCAGGAGACAGGGUACAGGAGGGAGAUGCACUGGAAGCCAUCGGCCAGCUCUACCUCACUCUGGGCACAGAACGAGCAAACAGGAUGGCUCUCGAAUACACCAAGAGCAGUUUGGGUAUUUUCAUCGACCUUGGCUGCAGGGAGAAGGAGGCUUACGGCUGGCUGCAAGCGGGGAAAAUCUACAACCUGGUGGACCAGACGGAACUGGUGGACCUUUAUGUUCAGGUUGCUCAGGAUGUAGCUCUGAGUACAGGUGACACCAAGUUCAUCCUGCAACUUCUGGAAGCUGCAGGAGACAUUUUCUUCAACAGCAGCCAGGACCGGGACAAGGCUAUCACCUUCUACAGGGACCGCGCUUUGCCAAUCGCGGUGAAGAGCAGCAGUGUCCGUUCCAGGCUGAGGUUGUGUAAUAAGUUGACUGAACUGAUGCUCAGUCUCAAGCUGUAUGAGGAAGCUGUGGAGUUUGCUCAGACUGCACUGGACCUCAGUAUCACUCUGGGUGAGCAUCUGAAUGAGCGAGUGGCUAACCAUCGUCUGGCCUCUCUGUACCACUGUCUGGACCAGUAUGAACUGGCUGAACACUAUUACUUGAAAACCCUGACCCUCUGUCCAACACCUCUGCUGUUUGAUGAGGAAACACUGUAUUAUGUCCGGGUGUACCAGACACUGGGGGACAUCAUAUUCUAUGACCUGAAGGACCCAUUUGAUGCUGCAGGCUACUACCACCUAGCUCUAGCUGCAGCCAUGGAUCUUGGCAACAAGAGGUCUCAGCUGCAGCUGUGCACCCGCCUCGCCACCAUCUACCACAACUUCCUAAUAGACCGGGAGCUCUCUCUCUUCUUUUACCAGAAGGCUAGAGCAUUUGCUGCGGAGCUAAACGUGAGGAGGAUUAAUAUCUCACCGGAUCAACAGUAUAGCAGCACAUCACAGUACAAGACCCCUGGACAAUAGGGAAGACUCUUUGGGAAGUCUUUGUUUCGCAAAAAACGCUAACUUUUUGCUAAGGGCAACAGAUCGCCGGAUGAGUUAAUUUUUGGUACAUAAAGUUUUUUUUAUGAAAAGCCUUGCUUUUUCCCAAAGGAAAAUCUAUUUUUAAGACUUUACUUGGGAGAGAUAAUGAAGGUCCCAAGGUACCCAUUUUAAUCAUCUAUUGCAUUGUGAAACUGUGUCGGCACAAGUUCAAAUUUCAGGAUUCAACUUUCUAAGGCUUUACUCACUCAGGGAAUAAAUUAAUACAUAUCGUAAACCUAGCAGAAGAAAGUGAAAGCUUUAAGUAAUUGUAUAUUAUUUCCUUUCAAAAUUGGGUAGACAUGUAAGGUAAUUUAUGAUUAUUAUUUGUUUCUGUUUCUUUUUUGUAAUUUUUUAGGAACAAGAAAAGAGAAAUUCAGAUGUUAACUGAUUACUCAAACACAAGUAUGUCAUCUGCAAACAAUGAUAUCUUAUGUGUUCUGGCACGUGUUUAAAUACCCUUUAGCUGGUAAGUUGCUCUUACAGUUUAGCUCAAGGAUCUAUGACCAAAGCAAAAACUAACAGGACAUAACUACAGAACUAUGUUAAAUUGCAUCGUCAAAUCAAAUAAAUCAAAUAAAAAUAAAUUCAAAUAUUUCCAAAAGAAAA